CCCCAUCCCAUCCUGAAGCCUAUUUAUACAGAGCCUGGCUCCUGCCCAGCCUGCCAGCGGGACGGGGCUGCCAGCGCCGCAGCCCAACAUGCUCUGGGCUGCCCGGGGAUGUUUCGUGCUCUGGCUGCUCCCGGCCAUYCUCAGAGCCCGGGUUAGUCCUGAGACGAGGCCCAGCUCUGCGCUGUGCCGGCAGAGCCCCUCGAAGGUGUCUUGCAAAGGAGUUGGCCUGCRGAAGUUUCCCGAGGAGCUUGGCCAAGGAAUUAAGCACCUUGAACUUUCCAACAACUUCAUCCAAAACCUGUCAGGCAGCUACAUGCCAGGAUUUGGGCAGCUGGAGUACCUGGAUGUGUGUUUCAACCAGCUGGAAGCUGUGUCAGCCACCGCCCUGGCUCGGCUGCCUCGGCUGCGCUCGCUCCUCCUGGGCUCCAACCACCUGGACCGGAAUUAUUUGGCUAACGGGGAYGCCUUCCGUUUGCUCAGGAAAAUAGAGGUCCUGGACCUGUCUGUGAACAACCUGGAGAGCCACAUGGCCAGCUGGUACAUCAGCAACCUCACCAGCCUGCGGGUGCUGGAUCUCUCUGGGAACAGGAUGACCAAACUGCUGGCAGGGACCUUUCGGAGCUCRCCGCGGCUGCGCCAGCUCGACCUCAGCGACAACUACAUCAUGGACAUCCAGGAGGGAGCUUUUGAGCCUCUGGAGGAGCUGGAGGUGCUGAACUUGGCUCUGAAUUCCCUCCACUGUAUCUCUGGCUUCAGCCUCAUGCAGCUGCGCGUUUUAAACCUCAGCUACAACUCCCUGGAGCUCUUCUUCUCCGAGGAGGCAGCGGAGCCUUACCUGCUCCAAGUGCUCGACUUGAGCCAUAACAGACUCCUCUCCUUCCCAGCGCUCCCCAAAGCCCAUGAUCUCACGCACUUAAACCUCUCCAACAACUUCAUUGCUUCCCUGCUCCCAGGCUCUCCCCGUCCCGGGGAGUUUGUCCUUCUCUACAAGGAGAUGGAGAGGUUCAACAGGACCGUGCAUCCAGCRGCCGCUCUGACACGUCUGGCUGACCUGGAUCUCAGCAAUAACCUUCUGAAGCUGUUCCCAUUUUCCUUCUUCCACCCUCUGGGCUCCCUGCACAGCCUCAGCCUGGCCAGGAACUGUCUCCAGGAGGUGGCCAGGGAAUCCCUCUCCAAUGGCACGGAGCUGUCCUUGCGCUCACUGGACCUCCACAGCAACGCCCUCCGUGUGCUGCCACGCUGGUUCUUCAAUUCCUUGCCUCACCUGGAAUCCAUGGAUCUGGGCUCCAACAGCCUCCAGCCUUGUGASAGCCGGGGAAGUGGCCUGGGCAGGGGUUUGGGGGGGGAUUCUCACUCCUGCACCCCCUUCUACAACGUUCCCCGCUUGAAGCGUCUGAGCCUGUCCGAGAACAACAUCUCCAGGCUGCAGCCCUACGCCUUCAGCCRGACCCCGCUGCUCUCCCUGGACCUGUCAGGGAACAGGGAUUUGUCCAUGCCCACGGGAGCCCUGGGGGGGCUGGAGAUGUCCCUGCAGGAGCUGUCUCUGAGGGACAACCAGAUGGACGAGAGGCAGGCAGCGCUGCCCUGCCUGGGCACGCUCCGAGUGCUGGACCUGUCGGGAAACCGCCUGAGCCUGCUGCCCACGGGGCUCUCCUGCUCCCCGCUGGAGAGCCUGGACAUUCGGGAUAACAACCUGCAGACCCUGGGCACGGCUGGGAGCUGGUCCCGCAGCCUGAGAGUCGUGUCCUUGGCCGGGAACCCCUGGAGCUGCUGCUCUCUGGGCUGGCUGGACACRCUGCGUGUGGCCGGAGUGGCCGUGCCGGACCUGGCCCGAGCCCGCUGUGCCUUCCAGGAGCACGGCCGGAAUAUCUCGGCCAGCAUCACCGGCACACCCCGCUGGAUCUGCCCCCAGCCCAAGGGCACUGCCUCCCUGGCUCUGCUCGUGGCUCUGGUGGGUCUUUCCCUCCUCACUGCUGGCGCUUUUUGCCUCCUGAGGAAAGGGCGGAACGCUCCGGGGUGUGCUGGACUCAGGAGAAACAGGGUGGGAGUGUCCCAGCCCUGUCCCAAAGGAGAGGGGUCAGCCAAGGAGAGGACACCUGAAAGCGUCACCAAAGUGUAGCCCAGAGCUGCAGCCAUCGGU